AAAGCUCUUUGCUUGUUCAAUUUCCAUCAAAAAUGUAUUUGUGGCUACAGUGUUUAAUUUUUCUAAAAUAUGUCGGGGCCUCUGGUCAAGGGCCCAUUCAGGCUAUUCAAAAACUUAACAACGCUUUUCAAAUGGAAUUAAAUGUGUUUAUAGAUUGUGAAGAUUGGUUCCGCUUUCAGGAUGAAAGUAUUUUUCAAAUUCUAGAUACGCCCAGGAUACUAUUUACUAAAAGUGACAUCGGGAAUUAUCGUAUUUAUGGAAACUUUACUGAAAAAACACUUAUCGUAGUCUUCUUCCCGGAAGCAAAAAAUUCCUUAGAUCCUUUGGUUACUAAGCUUCUUUCCAACUUGGUGGACAAUCUUCAUGAAAUACACGUGGUAUUUGUGGCUGCAGAAGAACCAGACGACUCUUGGAAAAUGAAUCUUUACACGUUCUGCUACAAAGAGGGACUAAUAAACGUAAUUUUGAUUUAUAACGAAAAUAUCUACAGCUAUCUCCCAUAUCCGAAAAUACAGCCCAUAAGGCUCGCAAAUAUUAGUGAGUACUUUGAGAGAAAAAGGAUUCUGAGCAAUUUGAGGGGCCUGCCCAUUCGAACCGUUCGAAUUGAUAUAUCUCCAGGAGAUUUUGAAUAUCUAAACCAGGACAAUGAAACCAUUAGAGUUGGAACUCUGUUCUUCGCCCUCAGGGAGUUUACGGAUCGAUAUAAUGCUACAAUUUUGGGUGAAUUACUACCAUCUGUUCAAGGCUUUGAUGUUUAUGUCGAGCUUUCGAAGAUGCUAUACCGCAAGGAGAUCGACGUGAUUUGUUAUUUAAAGGAUUUGAAUAUUCCUUCACCCUACACGAAGCCCCUUUCGAUUCUUUCUGAACACUUCAUUGUUCCUUAUGCCAGGCCGAUUGGAAGUUAUCUGUACUAUUACAAACCCUUCGAAUGGACUCUUUGGAUGGCUGUUGCAGGAACAGUCGUCUACGGCACCCUGAUGCUAUAUAUAAUGUCACGAAGAGUUGGAAUCGAAUUUGGACAAUGCCUUCUAUAUAGCCUGAGUCACAUACUAUUUACGUGCAAUCAUGCCAAUAGCUCGACGGGUUGGAGGGUCAAGGUGGUUGAAGGCAUCCUUAUUCUGGGAGGUUUUGUACUCACCAACCUCUACCUGUCCACCUUGUCCAGCAUCCUCACAUUGGGAUUGUACGAACCCGAGUAUAACACACUAGAGGAUUUAGCCAAAGCACCAUACCCCAGCCUACAUGACGCGUUCUACGUGGAAAAUUUAAAGUCAAAAACAUUUCUUCCAGAGGCUCUUCGCAAAAACGCUAUUAAUCCAAACAAUAAUACUUUACUGAGAAUAUACCGUGACAAUCUAAAUGAAAGCUAUAUGUAUGUCAUGUAUGACGGCCGCAGGGAGCUGAACUUAAUGCAGCAGAGAUUACUCAAAACUCCCAGAUUUCACACAGUUGAGGAACCCAUAGGCUUUGCCUUGAAUAGCAUUCCAGUGUCCAAGAGCUUGCCAUAUUUGAAUAUUCUGAACCAAUUUAUGCGACGGCUUCAGGAGCACGGAAUUUUUAUCAAAAUAAAGGCGGAUGUAUUCCAGGUGAUGAUCGAGCAGGGUAUUUAUACCCUGAUGCGGGACAAUGAGCCUCCGGCGAAGCCAUUUGACUUGGAAUAUUACUUCUUUGCCUUUGCCUUGUGGGCUGUUGGAUUAUUUAUUUCACUUUUGUUCUUUUUGGCCGAAAUCCUUAGGAUCUCAUACAAAACUUGGCGAGUAUGA